UAUAACGCAGCACCGCCUGCUGCUCUCUAAUCAUUUUUAACAGUAAAGGAGACUUGGUGGUAAGCACAGGCAGGAAGAAUAGAGUUAAAAAGUAGUGAAAGCAACGUUAAAAACAGCUUCCACAUUUACGGAUCGGAGGAGGAAAAUCACAAUGAAGCUGUUUUGCCUGUUUCUGCUGUUAGCUGGUUCGACUGCCGCGUUCCAUCUGGACACCUCGCCCAGGAGGGAGCCCCCCACCCUGCCCUCAGAGGCUCUCACCACAGAGGCGACUCCAACCGAAGCAAAAUCCCGCUUCGCCAUGCUGGAUGACGUCCGCCUCCUGGCCAACGGGCUCCUCCAACUUGGCCAGAGUUUGCGAGAGUUUGUCCACAAGACCAAAGCCCAAAUCAAUGACAUCUUCCAAAAGCUCAACAUUUUCGACCGCUCCUUUUACCAGCUCUCAGUGGUCACAUCCGAAAUCAAAGAGGAAGAGGAGGAACUCAAGAAGACCACCAAUAUCUUGAAGGUCAACAAUGAGGAGAUCAGAAACCUAUCCAUGGAAAUCAACACCAAGAUCAACACCAUCCUGCAGGAGCGCACGCAGUUGCAGAGCAAAGUGGGAAGCCUGGAGGAGAGGCUGAAGGGAUUGUCGGACAGCAUGAUCCCCGCAGACCAGCUCAGCGAAAUCACAACCCUUAAGGAGGUAAUUGAAGCACAAGAGAAAACAAUCACCAGUCUUCUAAAAGCAGUGAAGGAGCAGCAUGAUCAGCUGGACCACCAGAAAAUCAAGAUUAAAAAUCUGGAGGAAAAGCUUAGCUUCAACAGCUUCCAGCAAACUAUUGAUAAGGCAAUGGAUUCAGACCAUUCAGCCACUGACAUGUUUGAAUAUCUGCAAAUAAACUCCACUGGAACAGAAACACGUGACCUUCCUGCAGACUGCAGUGAGUUAUUUACCAGAGGAGAAACAAAGAGUGGAGUCUAUGCUGUCAAACCAAACCAAUCUGAGCCAUUUUAUGCUUACUGUGAAAUUAGUUCAGAUCAGGGUUUCACUGUCAUUCAGCAAAGAGUUGAUAGUACAGUGGAUUUUGACCAAACAUGGGAAAUGUAUCAAAAAGGCUUUGGAAACCUAGAGAAGGACUUCUGGCUGGGCUUAAAGAAAAUACACACCAUCAGCCAACUGGGAAGUUACAUCAUGCGAAUUGACGUGGAAGACUGGAAAGAGGAAAAGCAUUGGGCUGAGUACAGCUUUUCAUUGGAAGGUCCCUCCGAGGACUACACCCUUCACCUCAGCCACUUGGCAGGGGACCUACCUGACGCAAUGACCAACCUGACCGGAUCGAGAUUUUCCACAAAAGACAAGAACAACGACAGCGGCUGCAGCUCUGACUGUACUACGCGCAACUGCACAGGAGGUUGGUGGCAGAGUGCGUGCAGUGAAACCAACCUAAAUGGAAAGUAUUUCUCUUUGAGAACAAAAGGACGGUCUGUGAGGAGGAAGGGCAUUCAAUGGCGGCCUGGCACAGGGCCUUCAUAUUACCUCAAGAUGAGCAAAAUCAGCUUACGUGCAUUAACAGAUAGUGGAAACUAACCUCACAUCCCUCAGAUGUUCAUAUACUAUUGCUAUUCUGUGUCUUUACACAAUGAUCUACACUCAGUUAAAGGUUUCAUCAGAAAGGGAAGUAAGAUUGAGUUUGCCUUCUAACUUUUUGUUGGGUGAAAUAUGUCAUAAUUUGGACUUACAGAUGUGAUGCAAUGGUUCAAUAAUAGCAUGUAGGUUAUUAACCUAUUGGAUUUGAUGCACCAAGGACACUAGAACAGUUAUUACACAACAUCUGCAAUCAGUGGACCUAUUGAUCCACAUCACAGCCAGAUUCUGUUCCAGAUACCCGGGGACUUACAUGGGUUGAACACUUCUCAAUGAAUUUCAAUCAAAUUGUGCAAUCAAAUUAACCCAAAUACAUUUCAGCUUCUAGGCAAUGUAUACUAUUAGAAGUGUAUUUUAUCUUUAUGAUGUGAAACAUGUUGUCUGAAGUAACAGGCAGAAUAGCCAUUGUCUUAUUACAUAAUGCAUGCACAUUACAAUAUGUAAGCUUCAAUAGGAAUUGUAUUUGCUAUAACUAUAAUGUGCAGGCUGCUUUUGUUUAACUCAUAUGUAGACAUUCUAGAUUUUUUUUAUUGUUUUGUACCACCCUAUCCUCUCAUUUCAACCUCUCAGGUUUAUAGGCAAGGUAAGGUUUUGUCAGCAAACUAUUGAUCAUUCAAACUUUGGCAGUGCACUGAUUACCUUUUAUCAUUGUCAGGUCAGUUUUCUAUUUUUAUUCUGUAUAGUAUUUAAAAUAUGUUCAUGCGACAAUGAUUAAUGCUGGCAUUGUUAGCUAACAUUGUGUGUUUGAGUCUCCACUGUUAUUGGGUCAUAUUGACUCGCAUCAUUAGUGCAGCACAAAUUCCUGUUUUGUAAAUGUGUGUCAUGCUUGGUGUCUUCCUGGCAAAAAUGUUUGUAUGCUAUCCAAUCCCACUGUAUUUAUGAAAAAGAAAAUAAAUAAAUCAAAUA